AGAGCAGCCGAGGCGGGAGCGGGCAGGGGAGCCGGAGCGGAGCGCAGGAUGAUAAACACCCAGGACAGUAGUAUUUUACCUUUGAGUAACUGUCCCCAGCUGCAGUGCUGCAGGCACAUCGUUCCAGGGCCUCUGUGGUGCUCCGAUGCCCCUCACCCACUGUCGAAGAUCCCCGGUGGGCGAGGGGGUAGCAGGGAUCCUUCUCUUUCAGCUCUGAUAUAUAAGGACGAGAAGAUCACUGUUAGCCAGGAUGUGCCGGCGCAGGAGGGCGAGCCGCACCUGCUCCACUUCCACUACAAGGUCACCGAGGUGAAGACCUCCUCCUGGGAUGCUGUGCUCUCGAACCACAGCCUCUUCGUGGAGCUCCCUGAUGGAUUGCUGGCUGAUGGCAGCAAGGAAGGGUUAUCAGCACUGCUGGAGUUUGCUGAGGAGCAGAUGAAAGUCAGCUAUGUCUUCAUUUGCUUCAGAAAGAGCAGAGAAGACAGAGCUCCCCUCCUGAAGACCUUCAGCUUCCUGGGCUUCGAGAUGGUGCGGCCCGGCCACCCCUGCGUCCCCUCCCGGCCGGAUGUGCUGUUCAUGGUGUACCCCCUGGAGCAGAACUCUUCCUCUGAUGAAGAAUAGCUGCCGCUGUGCCCCCCGGGGGCGGCC